CAUGUAGCCAUGUCUGACGGUGAUUGUGGUGACUGUGAUUGUGGUGAGGAUUGUUGUGAAUGUGGUGACUGUGAUUGUUGUGAAUGUGGUGAGGAUUGUUGUGAAUGUGGUGACUGUGAUUGUUGCGAAUGUGGUGACUCCGACUGCUUUGGUUGCAGUUGCUGUCACUGCCUACAUGCCUGUUACGAAUGUUGCGGAGGCAAUGACGGAUGCUGUGGAGACAAUUCACCUGGACAUGGGUGUAAUUGGUGUAUUUGUUUCUUGGUUGCGGACGGUGUCAGUGAAGGACACCGAAGACCCCAUAGGAGAUACGAACUGGAUCGAAGACGUCAGAUUGAAGUUCAAGUACAGUCGAAUUCUGGGAGCCCUCCUUGUGCCGCCAAUGGCGUAAAUCCGGCGCAUCCACCACUUUCUACUACAAACAAGAAACGUACCGCUAAAGAUCAGAAAUCAGAGAUCCGAAAAAGGUCAGACAAUGAAGAGAACAGUCCACCAGCAGUGAUCACAACCCAACCGCCAUCUUAUGACGAGGUUAUACAUAGAGACAAUGUUGUUACGGCACAGCCUGUCUAG